AUGCUGGAUCCGAGUAAUUUCGAGACUCAGAGACAUCCAACAGUGGAGGAAACUAUAGUCAAUAACGUUUCCACACUAUAUCGGCGCAAAAAGCAUUUUUUGGGUGAUUUACGCCGCCUCAUGGGGACAUUGGGAUACGUAUUCAUAGCCAUGGCGUAUCUACGAGAUUUUUCUUUGGUUCUCUUCAUUCUCAGGUGCACCCUCCAAUUUUUGCUCUCAGAGCCGUUCCCAAAUGUUGGGCCAGAAUUUGGGUCCACCUUCAAUAUCAAAGAAGGACAGGCGAGGUUCUUAAUGCGCUCAGUUCUCAUUUUCAACGGUAUUUGUUUGUUCGUGCACCUUAUUUUCCCGCUUCCUGUGAGCCCGCUUCCUUCCGGCCAUUACUACUAUGGAUCUUCAAGCAUGCAAUUUAUCGGGGAAAGCGCACCAUGUACUCCUUGGGGGAUACUUGCAUAUGAUGUGGCUACCUUUUUCUUACAGCUAGUUUACCAUGCACUUAUGUGCGGGACAGAUGAUCUGGAGGUUUUGUCGGUUUCCAUCCCAGAGAAUUCCUCAGAUGAAUUUGGUUCUGUUAGUCUGGAAGCGGUGUCCGAUGGCUACAAUGGGAAUGUGACAGUAAUAACCAUUGACGUGUUGGCCAAUGUAAAAAGCUGCUUCAAAGCCCCAACGCUUCCCGAAAUAGCUGAGCCAGUGGCUUUACGUCUUGGAAACAGAGACACACUACCUCUGUUGUUAGUGUAA